GCAUCUCCUAGUCACCUCAAUUUUGCAGAACUGCUCAUGAGAAACGAGGGCUCUCUGGGAGUUAGAACUGUGUCUUUAACAAAAAUUUCUGAAGGAGAAAAGAACACAAUCUAGAUGCAGUGUACCACUUCAGAGCCAAACAGCUCAAUUUGCAAUCUCAAGGCCAGUGGGCAAUAAUUUCUGAUUCUGAAACAAAACACAGCACUUCUCAGUUCCAUUAUAGACGCUGUUCCAUUGGACCCCAGGAAAGCUGCCUGGUUACUAUAGCAACAGAUAUAGGGGAAAACUUUUCACUUGUAAUUGGUCACUCCUUUAAAAUUAUACAUGCUAUUUUUCCUUAACCUUUUUAAUAUGCAUAAAAUAAAGAGUAGAAUUAUGAAAGCCAAUAAAGUACACAAGAGUACUUAAAAGACACACGUCAAUUUGAUGACAAUUUUAUGAAUAACACUUUUCACCCCACCAAGUAUGUUAAAAAUAUUUACAAAAUAGCACUCCAAUAUUACAAAUUAAUGAAUAUGAAAAUCAUUCAAUUGAUCUAUCCUGAACUGUCAAUAGUACAGGAACUAUUCAUCCCUUACUGUUUUAGUGUAUCUGUACAAUGAAGAUUUAUGUUCUGGUAGGGUGGGAGGAAUACAUGACAGAGUACAAUUUAAUCCAGGCAAGUCUGCUGCCUUGCUAAUGAAAUCAACACUUUAAAUCAGAAAAAACUCAAGUGAGACAGUUUUUACUAAUUGUUGACAAUAAAAGUCUCAUAAUGGGCAAUACAUGUAUCUUGGGACAGGGCUAUAUUAAAAUCAAACCCACAUAACCUUUCCUCAGGCUGCAGUUUACUCAUAGGGAACUGAAACCUAAGCAGAACAUAUUACAACUUCAUUAAAACCGACUGCUUGAGAUCCUACUGAGAUAGUUCUAAGCCAGCACUUUCACAAACCAAGCGUUCAACAGCAGCAUUUUAUCUAUCUACUACAGACAAAUAUUAAGUCUAACAUCAGACAUGUGCCUCUCAGAGCAAACUUGUUCCUAUACAAAAGUUUACUUCUGGUUCACUUCCAGCACAAAGUAACUACGCCACUCACUAACAGCAAUAAUUUCUGGUAAGAACAGCUUUCUAAUAACUCCAUUCACACUGGGCUCACACAGAAUCACAGGAAACCAGAAGUCAGGUACAGAACCUAUGGGUAUAUCAUUGCUGCAAUGAGCAAGACUUUUCUCCUAACUUCUUGAUUUUGCACACCAACUUGUCAAGCCCACUUCUCCAAUGUGCUGCAGUUACCAUAUAACCUUUAUUAGUAGCUUUAUUCCUUCAUUCUUUUAUACAGCCUCAUACAAAGGUGAUAAGUUAUAAGAUGACCUACGGAAGGCUAAAGCUAUCAGGAACAGAUAAAUAAAGCCUGCAGUUGAAGAAAAAUGCCCUGCUGUUUCAACUACAAAUUAAAAUAAAUUGCACAGUUUUUUUCUAGGAAAUUUAAACUUUUAAUAAGAUUAUCUGUGAUGAAAAAAACAACAACUGACAAACAAAAAAACUCUUUGGCUCUCAGUGCAACUUAAAUGAUUUCCUCCCCCACUCUAUAAGUCUACAGUUUCUGGAUUCUCAAGAUUUUACUUUGUUUAAUCACUGUUCACACUUUUCAUCAUAGAACCUGAACAUCAUUAUGUAUUUAGGACUAAGGGCCUCUGUCUGUUUUAUUCCAUAAUCUCUUUGCUUUCCCUUACUGAGUGUUUUUCAAACAAAACUCAUUAAACAAAGUACUCCUUUAUUCUCGGGUAGAUGGAACUAAGAGAGAGAACAAACAGCAGUAAUGCACUUGCUGUAGAGAACAGAAAAAAAAAAACAUUCCAAGAAAUUUUGUUAAUACAUGCCAAUGCAGUUUUAUAUGAGAAGGGAUAGUUCCAUUCAAGAGAAACUGCAUUUUCGAGGACAUCUACACUGAAGAAAACAUCUCAGACCUCACAUCCAGCAAGGGCUACAGCUUGGCACUCAUUUUCUCGAGAGAAAGGACAGACAAAAGGUGACAGCAGAUAAUCAUCAUGGCAUCAGCAAGUCUGCAGUUCUUUGCUUUUAUUCUGGCUUUGUUUGGUGUUUUUGGAGAUAUCGCGGCCACCCUGCUACCAAACUGGAAGGUAAAUGCAGAUGUUGGCUCAAAUAUCAUAACAGCUAUAACACAGAUGCAAGGACUUUGGAUGGACUGCACAUGGUACAGCACUGGGAUGUUUAGCUGUACCCUGAAAUACUCCAUUCUCUCUCUCCCCGUCUACAUCCAGGCUGCACGGACCACCAUGGUACUGUCUUGUAUCCUAUCAGCAUUUGGGAUCUGCAUCACUACAGUUGGAAUGAAAUGCACGAAGUUGGGAGGGGACAGUGACAGCAAAAGUCACGCUUGUUUUGCUGGAGGAAUCUGCUUCAUUCUUGCAGGAAUCUCUGGAUUAGUACCAACAUCCUGGUACACAAGAGAAAUUAUUUCAAAUUUUCUGGACCAGACCAUUCCAGAGAGCAGUAAACAUGAACCAGGAGGAGCAGUUUAUACAGGAUUCAUUUCAGCAGGCUUUCUGCUUAUCGCAGGUGUGAUUUUCUGCACUUCGUGUUUUAACAAGCAGCAAGGAGGAUGGAUUUACCCUCCAAAGCAGCACCAUUUCCCAUCCACAGAGCAGGAGAGCAAUGAAGGUUACAAUCUGAAGGACUAUGUGUAAAUAGUUAUUUCUAUCCAUUCAAGGGGUUUUUUAUGUGCUAAGUGUAGUUUGAUUAUUUCAAAGAAUGUAUAACCAAGCACUUAACUUUUCCUAUAUCUGGGUUGCAGUUAUGUUUAUGCAAGGUAUUUAAUUCAUAGGGGCAUCCACAAAAAGGAAAGAAGUAGAAAAUGAUAUUUGUCUGCUACAAAAGUACUUUAUUUUGCUGAUUUUCAAACCAUGCUGACUUUCCACGUAGCAUUUACUGAAGAAAAAGGAACUAUCUUCAAACAUAACUGACUGUACAAUUAAGGUACCGAUGUCUUGUUAUAGGAAAGAUGAUUAAAGACUAACUGCUUUCUAUUUAGUGAAUCAGGCUUUCAAUAAUGUAACAUUUUAUAGUAUAUUUUACAUUUUUAUCUCUGUCUUAGUUAUGAUGCAAGGAAAAGAAGCUCAAACAUUAUUUGUCCAAGAAGCCCAAUUCAAUGGUUUUUAAAAAGCAGACACAUCUGCCUUUCAUUUUCAACUGUAAAUUGCCUCGGUAACUAGAUUUCAUAACAAACAAACAAACACCAGCACAAAAACACCCAACAAAUAAAAAAAACCACAACAAAAGCCCAUGGCUCCAAACCUGAGUUGCACUGUAUACUGUAUACUGAUAUAUGCAUAUCAGACUGAAGAAUCAGCAGUACCAUUUAGAUCUUGCCAAAGGCAGCUCUCGCACCCCAAACUGCCACCUGCUGUGGGUUUCAUUGAUUAUUGUUAAGAAAUGUCUGCUGGACAUUCACCAAUUGCUACUAAUCUAUCACUGCACAAUGAAUGUUAGAGGAUGAGCAAUACAACAACAGAAAUGUAACCAUAACUCUGAAAACACCUGCAAAUUGUAACAAACAGCAUAUAAACCCCUGUAGGGUCUCUUUCAGGCCCACUCCCAUGUAUUCUCUUACUGUAAAAUGUAGCAUACAACAAUCAUAAAGAGACAGCUCCUUUAUUUAUUUUCUUAACUCCCUUAUUUUGAAUAAUUAUCUUAAAUCCCUUAACCUUUUCUUUCACCACACAGAUUUUGUUUUGUAUUGGUCACUGGCAAGGUAUGUUGUAUCUAAAUACUUCCCUAAACAACAACCAUAUUGAUGAAGGAAAAGGGGUACGAUUCAGGCCUUUAAAUUUAGGAAUAUGGUAACACUGGAUGAGUCUUUCAAUAAAACCAACUGCUAUUUAUUCUGCGUAUUUAUAUACAACUUUCAUUUCCCACGUUACUAGCCUGAAAUUUGCUAAAGCAGUAUGAAGGAGCCUAAACAUUAUAUGUUCAUUAAGUUGGAAGAAGUAAGAUCUUCUGCUAUAGCAUUUUGGAAAGUAGACUGUUUUGUGAGUUUAACAUGUACAGAAUCUAUUCAGAGAGUCUUCACUCUUCAUAUAUAAAAUGGCAUUACAUCUGCUUUUUUUACUACCGUUACAGUCAUUUUGAGUUUCCUACGUAUUAAUCAAGGAGUUUGUUUUGUACUAUUCCUAAUAUUACUAUCACCAGUUAUUUGGUAUUGCAGAGUCUUAACUAUGACCAAAAAGCCAAAUUUUCUUUUCUUAGACACAGUGUCAUAGAGCACUGUUCCAUUCCAUAAACCAAGUCUUUUAUGUCUCAACAUUCAUAGUAUUGUUGAAAUAAUAUUUAUACAUUGUGAGAAUUGAGGUAAACAACUCAUUCUCACAAACAUGCAUCUCCACCUUUAAUAAGGGGUUUGACAUGACACUUAGAUGUGAUCAUUGUUAUGUAGGUUAAAUAAAAUUAACAUCUGUAAAAUUAUAACCAAAAGGCAUCAAUUUACAGGAGGGCGUAAGAGAAAGGUAAUAAUUGCAUCCUAUGAGCAAAAUGAAGUAUUCAUCAGUUACAUGCACUAGAAAUUUUUCUUCCUGAAACUUUAUACAGAAGUACCUGAACUUUGUAUAGCUAUGAAACAAAAAAUCAAGCACUGAGCCUUUCAUUCACAACAUGCUGAAGGACCUUUCCAAGGAAACAGGUUCUAUGAGAAGAUGUACUGAGAAAAUCAAUCUACAACAGGAGUUUGAAGGAAACAAAAUAUAGUGAAAACAGGUGCCAGUUCUGUCUGAAAAAAUUGUGCUUUCUGUAUUUGCAGUAUAAGCAAUUCUUGUUUUAACUCAAAGAAAUACAUUAAAUAAAAAAAUGCUUGCA